GAAGAUCAGACCAGUUAACAUCGCGAGUGAAAUUCGUAUAGAAAAAGUGAAAUUCGCUUUGCAAAAAUGUUCAAAUUUAUUUGUGCUGCGGCUAUCAUCACCAUGACUCUUUUGGAAACCAUCCAGGCCCAGAGACCCUCUUUUGCGGGUUUGAGACCACCAGGUGGACUGAGCCAGAAGGACAAAUACCACGCAACUCAAAACACAGCUGUGGAGAAUAUAACCGGAGUGUCUAUAGCUACCAGAUUCGGAGAGGAGAGUUCACAGAAGCCUGCUCUGAUUAAUCUACCCUACGGAACACCCCAGAAACCGCCAGUUGGAGUUCCCCUGGUGCUACCCAUUAGUACCACCGAUUUGGAGGGUUCUCCAACAGUGGCCAACCGAUUUGGUGCACCUGAUUCCACAAACCCAACCGCUAGUUCCACGACCACUGGUUCCACGACCAUUGGUUCCACGACCACUAGUUCCACCACCACAGUGGCCCCCGUUCUCAGCGAGCUCCCCGUCGAUGCCCAUGGUGAUCGGGAGUGGGUUAACUACUUGAGCACGCUGCCCGUCGAAAACCAGCCCUUCUGGUUCAUAAACUACCAGGCCAUAGAAGCCCAUCGGAAUAGUUCCAGGCCUAAUGUGGGCGCUUUGGAGACGCGGGGUUCUUUCUUCCGCGGUUAAAAACAUCAAUCUUCGCUUAGAUUAGUCCUUACAUUAAUGUGAAAUUAUUUAUUUGUUUUUAUAAAGAAUACAUUAUAUUUUAACGAG